AAUACAGGACUAGCUGUAGAAUCAGACACAGAUCCAGCCAGCCAGUCGCCUGGGAACAGUUUUUCAGGUCACUCUGCGGAAAAGGCUCGCUUAACACAAGAUGGCUCGACUUUCGAUCUUGGCUGGAUUGUCCCUUGUGAUGUGCCUUCAACUUGUUUCUUCUACCAAACUGGUGUGCUACUUCACCAACUGGUCCCAGUACAGGCCAGGUGUUGGCAGAUACAUGCCAUCCAAUGUAGACCCCAACCUCUGCACACACCUCAUCUACGCCUUCUCAAUAAUCAGCCCCUCUAACGAACUGUCAACUUAUGAGUGGAACGACGACGUCCUCUAUAAAUCUUUCAACGGACUCAAAAAAAGAAACCCCGAGCUGAAGACUCUCCUGGCUGUUGGUGGCUGGAACUUUGGAACCACACAAUUUACCAUCAUGGUUUCAUCCCCUGCCAACCGCCAGACAUUCAUCAGGUCUUCAAUCAAAUUCUUGAGAAUGCACGGCUUUGACGGGCUGGACCUGGACUGGGAGUACCCCGGAGCACGAGGAAGCCCCCCAGAGGACAAGAAGAGGUUCACAGUGCUCUGCAGGGAAUUACUGGCUGCCUUUGAGAAAGAAGCAGCUGAGACCAAAAGACCACGACUGCUGCUCACAGCUGCAGUGGCUGCUGGGAAAGGAAACAUUGAUGAUGGAUACGAGAUUGCUAAAGUCUCCAAGUUCCUGGACUUUAUAAAUGUCAUGACCUAUGACUUCCACGGAGCCUGGAACACAUUCACAGGUCACAACAGCCCUCUGUACGUCAGCUCAGUGGAUCAGGGUGAAAAAAUCUUCUACAAUAUUGACUUUUCUAUGAAUUACUGGAAUAAAAAGGGUGCCCCUCUGGAAAAGCUCAUCAUUGGUUUCCCUACGUAUGGUCGCACAUUUCGCACAACAUCACUGGCUCACAGUAUUGGAGCACCAGCCAGCGGACCGGCCUCUGCUGGGCCUUACACCCGGGAAGCUGGAUUCUGGUCCUACUAUGAGAUUUGCACUUUCAUCCAAGGAAGCAGUAUCCACUGGAUUGAUGAGCAAAGUGUUCCCUACGCUAUUAAAGGAAAUGAGUGGGUUGGCUUUGAUAACAGGCAGAGCUUUGAAAUCAAGACAAGGUAUCUGAAAGAUAACAAAUAUGGAGGAGCCUUCAUCUGGGCUCUCGAUCUGGAUGACUUCUCUGGAACCUUCUGUGGACAAGGGCCCUAUCCUCUCAUUGGUUAUCUGCGCUCUCUUCUGGAUUCAGACCUUCCACCUCCUGUAACCACACAUCCACCUGUGAUCACUACGAGCCGCCCGGGCCACGGCAACACCACGCCUGCUGCAACAUCUGCUUCUACCGCUGCUCCUACAACCACCACUGCUCACACUACAACCUCAGCAGUUGCUCCUGGAAGUGGUUUCUGUGGCGGGAAAACAGAUGGCCUCUACACAAAUGACAAGGAGAGAGGCUCCUUCUAUCAGUGCGUCCACGAAACCACAUACCUCCAGAAAUGUCCAGCGAAUCUUGUGUUUAGUGAAGAGUGUAAAUGCUGCGACUGGAGUUAUUUGACUAAAAUGAAGCAACAGUGUAAACACACUCUGGGUCAAACAACUUGUUCCUGGCUAAUGAUUAUCAUGUUUUGUGUAAAUUUAUCUUCAACGAAGGAAAGCUUUUCAGGACUCUGUCUAUGCACAAACACCAUGAGCAAGUUCAUUCUUCUUGCAGGUUUCUGGCUUUCCUUUGGAAGUUUGGUCUCGUCCACCAGACUGGUUUGUUAUUUCACCAACUGGUCCCAGUACCGACCUGGCAAUGGAAAGUUCAUGCCUCUAAAUGUUGAUCCCAACCUGUGUACCCACCUGAUCUACGCAUUUGCUGGCAUUAACGAAGCAAACGAGUUGGUCACCAUCGAAUGGAACGAUGAUGAACUUUAUAAAUCUUUUAACGGACUCAAACAGAGGAAUCAAAACCUGAAAACACUGUUGGCAGUCGGAGGCUGGAACUUUGGAACACAAAAGUUCACUACAAUGGUGUCAACGCAACAAAACAGAAAUACAUUUAUCCAGUCUUCCAUCAAACUACUGAGAAAAUAUAGUUUUGAUGGACUCGAUCUGGAUUGGGAAUAUCCUGGUGCAAGAGGAAGUCCUCUGGAGGACAAGCAGAAAUUCACACUGUUGUGCAAGGAGCUCCUGGAGGGUUAUGAGGCUGAGGGAAGAGCAACAGGGCAGGCCAGAUUAUUGAUCUCUGCUGCUGUGGCUGCUGGAAAAGGAACCGUUGAUACUGGUUAUGAAAUCGCAGAGAUGGCAAAGUACCUGGACUUUGUUAAUGUAAUGACAUAUGAUUUUCAUGGCACCUGGGAGACUGUGACAGGACAUCAUAGCCCAUUAUACAACGGAUCUCAAGACAUCGGGGACCAUGUUUACUUAAAUACUGACUUUGCCAUGGGGUAUUGGCGGGACAAAGGAACUCCCGUUGAAAAAUUAAACAUGGGCUUUGCAACAUAUGGGAGAACAUUUAGACUGUCUGGUCAGUCCAGUCAGGUUGGAGCACCUGUCAGUGGUCCAGCUGCUGCUGGUGCUUUUACAAGGGAGGCCGGCUUCUGGUCCUAUUAUGAGAUUUGCACAUUUCUCCAAGGGGCCAGUGUCUACUUGAUUCAGGACCAGAAAGUUCCAUAUGCUGUAAAGCAAAACGAGUGGGUUGGAUUUGACAACAAAGAAAGCUUUGAGACCAAGGUGCGUUACCUAAAAGACAACCAAUUUGGAGGAGCUUUCAUCUGGGCUCUGGAUCUGGAUGACUUUAAUGGACAGUUCUGCGGACAAGGAAACUAUCCACUCAUCAACCAUCUCCGCUUACUUUUAGCUUCAGAUCUACCUCCCCUUUCCCCUACGGAAACAACCCCAAAUCAGGCGACUCCAUCUACAAGCAAAGAAAAACCUGACAUCAAACCUCAGCCCAGACCUACAGUCACACCUUCAUCCACAGUCCCAGUCAACUUCUGUGCGACAAAGACUGGUGGUGUUUAUGCCAAACCAGAUGCCCCUGGUUCAUUUUACAACUGUGCCAAUGGCAUCACCUGGAUCCAAAACUGCCCUGCUAAUCUGGUCUUUCAAGAAGCCUGCAAAUGCUGUAACUGGCCCUAGAGCUUGAAUAUCAUUUAAAUUGCCACAUAAAAAUAGGAAACACUAGGAACCCUAUUUCUAAUGACUUCGACAUUGACAAGCUAGAAACAGUCGGUCAGGUGCAGCCAUGUAUUCAUGCAGACUUCUCUAACUUCAACACUUCACAGCUUGCAAACUGUUGCUAUAUGAAAUUAUUUACCACAGCCCUGUAAUAAUCUGCUUUAACAACCUGCUCACUAUUUAUGAACACUUACCUUACACCUUCACUCUUUUGAAUGAUCAAAGGUGCUUUUAAUGUAAUUUUAUGGGGAUAUGUUGUUUUUGUUUAACAGUGAAGGUAGAAAAAAAAUCAAAAUACUAAAGUUCCUAAAAUGCUCAAUAACAUCCCUGAAUUUAGAUCCCUUAACACAAAACCAGAGGCUGCCAUUAAAGAUAUGUUGGAUUACUAUCAUGCACACAUAAGAUGUUUGCUGACACUGUUGGUGAAUUUGUUGAUGCUAUACAAUUAUAUGUGGUCCAAAAUAAAGCUCAUCAUGAUUUA